UUAUCGUGGCCUUCAAUUAAUUGUAAUAAGGAAUGACUAGACAAAAACCCUUCGAAUUAAAUCGAUAUCUUGGAAAUGGUGUGUAGUACUGUGAUGGCGUCAGACCAUUACACACCUUCGAAUAAUUACAAAUUACAAAAUGUUAGAAUUUGUUAGAAAUAUUUUCCAUUUUGAAAUAGCAUGGAAAAUGCGUUUGAAAUUGUUCUAUUACUUUGCAAAAUUCCAUGCAUUGGCUCAUUUCAAAUAUAUAGAAAAUCGGAAUAAAGUCUCCUUCUCUUUCGUAUCAAUUAUUUACGGUUUGGUUUGGGUUGUUGGCUAUUUUCUGUUACUGUUAAUUGCUCUAUUCUCACUCAGCGUAUUCACGGAAGAUAGUCGUAACGAGAGCGAUAUUUUCCUUUUUGUAAAUACAUUGGAAAUCGUCACAAUUUUCUUUAAAGGCUUUUCCAUUUACUUACUACAAGUUAUUCAAUCAACGGAUCUAGUACUUCUGAUCAAUGAGGCAAUCGCUAUAAAUCAAUCGGUUGAUCAUAUGCAUCGGGAAAUAACUUAUACAUAUGGCCAUCGCUUCGUUCGUUUGUACAACAAUAAAAAGUGUUGUGUUCUGUUGCAAUUUGUACUAUUGUUCAUGUGCUACUACAUUUACCUUAAACAAAGCGGUCACGACGCCAUAAAAAAAGUCUUUGGAUUCCUCAUAGUUUACACACACUUUUUGACCGUCGUUGUGAGUGGACUGUACAUUUAUGGAAGUUUACUAUUGGCAUACGAAUUCUACCAUUCACUGAAUCGAAACUUAACUCAAGUUUUAAAGAAAGUUGAAGUAAACCAGAUAAGCAGAACACAAAUGGCAAGCUAUUGCCAAGCAUGUGAUGAACUGGACGAAAUAUCACUUACAUACACUCGUAUUAGCGCGUACGUUGGACGUAUUAAGCGAUUAUUUGCUGUCCAAAUUACGUUCGAAUUGCUCAUAUCGUUCCUGUUGAUAACAUGUGCCCUGUUCUACACAUUUUAUGCUCUACUUUCACGAGAAUCACUCGCUACGGACAAUGAUUUCGAGCGAUUAUAUGGGACUUUCAACAGUAUCAUGUACAGUACAAUCAAUUUUACAGUAUACUUUAUCGAAAUCUACACCAUCACCUGUAUAUCAAAUACAGUGAUUGGCGAAGCGGAAAAUCUAUCGACUUCUAUACAUAAGAGUGUUUUCAGCAAUGCAGACCCACGAUUCAUUCGAAGUCUUCAGCAACUGUCGUUGAAAACCAUUUUAGAGAAACCUGAAAUUUCACCGAUGGGCUUGUUUUUAAUCGAUAGAUCGUUAGUUAUAGGAGUAUGCCUUGAAAAACAUUGGUAAGUAACGAAUACACCUCAUCCAUAAAAAAUGUUUAAUUUUUAGAUUGGGGACACAAUAGUAACGUAUCUAGUUUUACUCGUCCAAUUUCAAAUGGAUCGCAAGAAACGCUCUGCGGAUACUUAAGAGUCUAGUACGAGAAGAGUCUUCGAAAUUUGCUGCUUCAAUGUGCACCUCAUUUUCGUAUGAAUAUAUCUAUUUCAGAAAU